AUGGACGAGAGUAAUCAUGAAAUGGUACACAUGCUAACUCAACAAAUGGGUGCCAUAUUGAGGCCAUUGAUCCAGGACUCAACGCAGAGUUACCAACAGUUUGUAACCCAAAUGACAAGGAUAAGAGACUUUUUGAAAGCCCCAAGGGCUCAGGUCCGUCGGAACCCUAUGCCUCCUCCUCGACCGGAAACACCUCAUCGACAAGAGGAAAGGACAGACGACAUUGUCGAACAGGAAUACCAGGAAUUCGAACAGAUGCCAAGGGUGGCACGAAGGCCCCCCGUGGUAAUGGUUAACCGUAACCAGGAUCCUGACCAGGUGGUCAGACAAGUUCGACACGAUGCAUCCAUGGGGGAACAAAACCUAGAGGCUAUUGUCGAACGGAUCAUAGUAAGAAACAGAGUGAGUCCUUGCCUACAGUGGCUGACUUACUUUUCACCUCUACCAGAUUUUGUCUUACAGACAGAAUUUCCUAGGGGGUGGAAAGUCCCGAAAUUUACCAAGUUCGUUAGGGAUACUAUAGAGUCCACCGUCGAACACGUGGCCAGGUACCCGACCGAGGCUGGCGACAUAGCGAACAAUGAGGAUUUGAAGUUAAAAUACUUCCCAAGUUCUCUUACGAAGAAUGUGUUUACAUGGUUCACAAUGCUACCUCCACAGUCGAUCCAAACAUGGACACAGUUGGAGAGAUUGUUCCAUGAACAAUUUUACAUGGGGCAAUCGAAGAUUAGCCUCAAAGAACUAGCUAGCGUUAAGCGGAAGGUUGCUGAGUCAAUUGAUCAGUACCUAAACAGGUUUAGACCGUUGAAAGCGCGAUGCUUUAAUCAAGUCCCUGAACACGAAUUAGUCGAGAUGGCGGUUGAGGGGUGUUGGUGUAAGCCCUAG